AUGUCGACGGCUCCCAAGCACGAGACUGACGAAUCGUCGCAGAUUGCCAUGGGCUGGCUCGCUACCCUCUUCGGCGGCACCUACUACGCCAUGUCUGGUCCCAAGAAGGCUGCAGCUGACAAGGUCACCCCUCCGAUCAACGCCUCGAGCUCCGACGAGGCCGACUUCAUCAAGUUUCAUGGAGGAGCAGGAGAAGAAGCAGUAAGCGGGGAACGCGAGGCGACGAGGUGGGCGUUGUACGACACGACCGGUGUACAUAUAGAAGCAUGUGGCGAUCUGCUCGCUCAAUACAGAGGACCUGGCGGUCCAGGCAUUGACUAG